AUGGCGUCUUCACUGGAAGACGACCUCUGCUGUCCGGUGUGCACUGAUAUCUACAUAGACCCUGUCCUAUUGAGCUGCUCUCACUCCUUCUGCAAGUCCUGUGUUCAGCGGUCCUGGGCCAGCCAAGGCUCCAGGGUGUGCCCCAUCUGCCGGAGGACGAAUCCUCAAGAGGAGCCUCCAGUCAACCGGGUGCUGAGGAACCUGUGUGAGCGCUUUGUGCAGGAGAGGAGCCAGAGAGGAGCUCUCUGCAGACUCCACGGAGACAAGCUCAGGCUGUUCUGUCAUGAUGACAAAGCGCUUGUGUGUUUCACGUGUCGAGACUCAAGGCUGCACAAGGGCCAACGCUUCAGCCCCUUUGGCGAGGUUGCAGCGGAUCGCAAAGAGGAGUUGAAGGUGAAACUGAGCCCCCUGAAGAAAAAGCUGGAGGUUUUCAAGAAACAAAAACUUGCCUGUGAUGAAACAGCCAAACACAUCAAGACUCAAGUCCAGCACACAGAGAAGCAGAUCAAGAAGGAGUUUGAGGAACUUCACCAGUUCCUCCGAGAUGAAGAGGCAGCCAGGAUAGCUGCACUGAGGAAGGAAGAGGAGCAGAAGAGUAAGACGAUGAAGGAGAAGAUUGACAAGAUGAACAGAGAGAUCACAUUUCUCUCAGACACAAUCAGAGUCAUGCAAAAGAAGAUGCAAGCAGAUGACAUCACAUUUCUGCAGAACUACAAGCGCACGGUGGAACAGACAUGGCUGCAGGGUCCAAAUAGUCACAUAGGAGCUCUUAUUAAUGUGGCAAAGCACUUGGGAAACCUGAAGUUCAGAGUCUGGGAGAAGAUGAAAACAAUUGUACAAUACACUCCUGUCAUUCUGGAUCCCAACACUGCAUAUCCAGAACUCAUCCUGUCUGAGGAUCUGACCAGCGUGAGGUUGGGCAAUGACAUACAGCAGCUUCCUGAUAACCCAGAGAGAUUUGAUUAUCGCCAAUGUUUGCUGGGCUCUGAGGGCUUUAACUCUGGGACACACUGCUGGGAUGUUGAAGUUGCAUAUGAGGGGACAUUCUGGAGUGUUGGUGUGAUCCUUGAGUCCAUCCCCAGGAAAGGAGAGGGUAACUCACUCAUUGGAGACUGGAGUGUGACUUAUAUGGAUAGUCAAUUGUACCAAUGGUCCACACCACAGCACCCCACUAUUCUCACAUUAGCACGGAGACCCAAAAGGAUCAGAGUGCAGCUGGACUGGAACAGAGGAAUGCUGACGUUCUCUGACUCCGAUAGUAACACACACCUACACACUUUCAGACACACUUUCACUGAGAGAGUAUUUCCAUACUUAUGUACAAACAAUAAGGUCUCUCCUUUGAGGAUUCUACCAGUGAAGACUUCAGUAAAAGUAGAGCAACACAGCUACCAGGCAAACACAUUAGCAGCAACAAUAGCAAGAGCGAUACGAGAAGCAUAAUCCGGUAAGAAUAUCCGGUAGUCCCUUAAUGCACACCGUACCUCCUGUGGCACUCUGUAAUAGACACUGAAAGUUAACUACUACUACAUACUAUGACAGUGCAAGGGGCCUUUAGUAAUACAUUACGACUUGGUCAUUGCCAUUCUGGUAACAGGUCAUGUAUAAAGCCGUGUCUUAAGGGGUUAACAGCAGAAUGCAAGCAUUCCAAC